CGAAGGCGGCAGCGGCGGCGACAGCUCUGGGGUUUGCGUCUCGGGGUGUGUCGGCCGCUGCUGCUGCUUGGGCCUGGUAUGUACAAAUGGCUGGUUAGGAUUCUCGGCACCAUUUUCCGUCUCUGUGACCGGCUGGUGCCCCCUGCCUGGGCCCUCCUGAAGAGGUGGCGCUCGAACAGCACUCUGUCGUCUACAGUGGACACUGAUGAAAUACCAGCCAAAAGACCAAGAUUAGAUUGUUUUAUUCACCAAGUGAAAACCAGUCUCUACAAUGCUGCCGGCUUAUUUGGAUUCCCAUUCCAGCUGAACACAAAGCCCAUGGUAACUGCUGCUUGUAAUGGAACACGGAAUGUGGCCCCUUCAGAAGAGGUAUUUUCAAACUCCUCAUCUUGUGAACUGACAGGUUCUGGAUCCUGGAACAACAUGCUGAAACUGGGUAAUAAAUCUCCUAAUGGAAUAAGUGACUAUCCAAAGAUCAGAGUGACAGUAACCCGAGAUCAGCCUCGCAGAGUCCUGCCUUCCUUUGGUUUUACCUUGAACUCAGAAGGCUAUAAUAGAAGACCCGGUGACCGUCGCCAUAGCAAAAGCAAUCCAGAGAGUUCCUUAACAUGGAAACCUCAAGAGCAGAUUGUAACAGAGAUGAUCUCUGAAGAGGGUGGCAAGGGUCUGAGGCGUCCCCAUUGUACAGUGGAGGAGGGUGUUCAAAAAGAAGAAAGAGAGAAGUACCGGAGGUUAUUGGAGCGACUUAAAGAAGGUGGUCAUGGAAACACUGUUCCUCCUGUAACUUCAGCUCAUCAUAGUUCUCAAAGAAGUCACACGGACACAUUAAAGACCAAAGGCUGGGGGGAAGAGCAAAGUCACGGAGUCAAAACAGCUCAGUUUGUUCCAAAAUCAUAUAGAGUUGUUGAAACAAGGGGACCUCUGUGUUCUGUGAGAAGUGAAAAGAGAUGUUCAAAGGGGAAAAUUUCUAAUAUAGAGAAGACAGUUGGAAUCAGACUCGAAAAUGAAGGUAGGAGAGGACACCAGCUGGAACCUGACCUGUCUGAAGAAGUGUCAGCCCGGCUCCGCCUAGGCAGUGGAAGCAAUGGCUUACUCAGGAGGAAGAUGUCAAUACUUGAGACUAAAGAGAAAAAUUGCUCAGGCAGAGACAGGGAUAAGAGGACAGAUGAUCUUCUUGAACUUACAGAGGACAUGGAAAAGGAAAUCAGUAAUGCCCUAGGCCAUGGCCCUCAGGAUGAGAUUCUAAGUAGCGCUUUCAAACUCCAAAUCACUCGAGGAGAUAUCCAGACCUUGAAGAACUAUCACUGGCUCAAUGACGAAGUCAUUAAUUUUUACAUGAAUCUUCUGGUGGAAAGAAAUAAAAAACAAGGGUAUCCAGCACUUCAUGCAUUCAGUACUUUCUUCUAUCCCAAAUUAAAGUCUGGGGGUUACCAAGCAGUGAAAAGAUGGACCAAAGGGGUCAAUCUCUUUGAACAGGAACUUAUUCUGGUGCCUAUUCAUCGGAAGGUACAUUGGAGCCUGGUGGUGAUAGACCUAAGAAAAAAGUGUCUUAAAUAUCUGGAUUCUAUGGGACAAAAGGGCCACAGGAUCUGUGAGAUUCUCCUUCAGUAUUUACAGGAGGAAAGUAAGACCAAAAGAAAUAUUGAUCCGAAUCUUUUAGAGUGGACCCACUACAGCAUGAAGCCACAUGAGAUUCCUCAACAGGUGAAUGGGAGUGAUUGUGGAAUGUUUACUUGUAAAUAUGCAGAUUAUAUCUCUAGGGACAAACCUAUCACAUUUACUCAGCACCAGAUGCCUCUCUUCCGGAAGAAGAUGGUGUGGGAAAUCCUUCAUCAGCAGUUACUGUGAGAAUGCCCUGCCCAGUCCCUCUAGCUGCUGGUGGUUCUUUCACAGACGGACGUUUCCAUAUACCUCAUGCAUUGUGGGUUAAGAAGUCCCUGCAUCACUCUGUUCUCGCACAGGUACUGAGCUGUCAGAGCCCACCAGGCCUCUCGCAGCACCCUAGUCCUGACUUGGCGUGCGGAGGGCUGCUUGCAACCCUGCUCGGAAGGCUGUGCCUGCUCAGAGCCCUGGACUCUUCAACCCCGACAAGAACAAACGCUAAUUAAUACUUUUUUUUAAGAUUUAUUUUCCCUAUGAAUGUGGGAAAUGCAGGAUUUAUUCUAUGAUUUCUUUUGUGUGUGUGUUUGUUCACAAGUAUUCAUUCACUCACUCAUUUGCAAACAUAAUGGGCAGUGGUUUUCUGCUGCUCUUUUACAGUUAACUCUAAAAAAAAAAGAUAGCAUGAUC